UCGAUACACAAUGUCAACAAUCUGCUAUAAGUUAUUAUUUGGUCUGAUAACAGAUUCGGAUGAAGGUAUUGGCGAAACUCCCCGACCAAAGAAGGCGAGAACAGCUUUCUGCAACGACCAGAUCGAGGCUCUGGAACGGCAUUAUCAAGCUCAGAAAUAUCUGCCCGCUGGACAGAGGUCAAGACUGGCAAGGGAACAUAAACUGACGGACCAGCAGGUGAAGACUUGGUUCCAAAACAGGAGGAUGAAGGAAAAACGGAAAAAGAAGGAUGAAUCAUUUCCAGGAGGCAUGUCCCUUCCGACAGGUGGCGUUGAUCUAUUGCAGUUACAGGCACUUGGGAUCCCCUGCCCCCCACCGUACACAAUCAACAACAAGCACCAACAAAUGAUGAGGGAUGAUGAUAUCACGAACUUUCCUUCGCCAGCAUCAAGUCCACACUCACCAAUGGUUCAUUCAAUCAACCAUGUACCAUUUUACUCAAGAUUUCAGCCAAUGACCAACGGCCUUGACACUUUAACCAGCUUUACGUCAUCGACCAAUCAUAUAGUUGGUUAUAGAUAACAACGGAAAUGAAUCAAUGACUGUUCAAUCUUGUAUCUAAUGUGCAAUAUUUUUAUUUUGUUAAUUUUGCUGUAUCGAUCCACUAUGUGCCAAAUGAAUAAAAUA